AUGGAAACCGCCCGCGAAUCCGAUAGGCAAUCACCAGAAGAAGCAGUAGCGACUUCGCAACAUGUCUCCGAAGCUAUUCACUCUUCGCCUCAGGUCCGUGAUACUCAGACAGACGCACAAAUGCAUGCAGCAUCUGCAGACAGUCAAAGUCGCAUGGAGAGUGGGGAAGAUGCAAGUGCGACUAGUGUUCUAUCAAAUCUACCUACAAUUACACUAAGUAUGCCUUCCCCGCCACCACUGUAUGAUCAGUUGUUUCCACCGCAGGCACCUACGGAGCGAAUGCGAGCCAGCCAAGCUUCCCCAGAGGCCGCAUCACCAACAGGUGAUCAACGUCCCCAGGAGUCGCCCCAAGCUCAUCAUCCAACGCCAGACACUCCCCCUCAAUGCCCAACACCCACGGCCACGCCCGUCAAUUACCCACCAGUUCAAAUCGUCCCCCGGCCCCAGGAAGACAUUGAUGAAAUCUUCGAAGCUAUAGAAACCAACAAUUUCGACAGCCCCAUCUUCGGGGAAGCAGGUGCAGUGUACCACGACAAACUAACACGUCGGCUCAUGCCUAGGACACCAAUGUUUCAGCAUUACAACAUCAUCCCUGAGGUGCCCCAGCCAAGGCCUGUAGCUGUUCCGAACGAUAGACUACAGACACCUGAUACACCGACACCUAAGCCCAAGGCUAAGCGUAAGCCUAGGAAGAGGAAGCGCGACGCGACACCGCAGGAACCGGUUGACCAAGGGGAGGUAAUGGUGAAGGAGGAGCCCGUAGAGAAGAAGCAGAAGGGUGUGAAGGCCGAAGAUGCCGCCUAG